AAGGGGAACCAGUGUUUGAGGCCACUCAGUUGUCAAGUGCCAUUCAGAUAGAGCUAAGUUCAGAAACAUCACAAACAUGACUUCAACAACUCCAACAACCCCAAAAGAAGCAGGCCACAUUAAGAGGCCUAUGAACGCWUUUAUGGUAUGGUCGCGAGCACAGAGAAAGGCAAUCUCGCAAGAAUCACCACGGCUUCAUAACUCAGAGAUAAGUAAAAUUCUCGGGGCAAAAUGGAAGAAGCUUAGCGAUGAAGACAAGGCACCUUAUGUUGACGAAGCCAAAAAACUACAGCAACAGCACAGCAGAGACCAUCCCGGCUACAAAUACAAGCCAAGAAGAAGAAAACCCAAGCAGAACAUGCUGAAAAAACCCGGUUAUCAGUUUGGCUACCCGGUCACAGAACAACACGCCGCUUUCAAGAUGGCAGGGUAUGCGCCGAACAACAUGCCUUCACCCGAAGCAAUGUAUCACCAGCCAUUCUACCAAAUGCCAAGUCAAGCAGGAUUUCAUCAAAUGUAUGAUAUGACUAUGCAUGGAGCAAGACAAGCGCACACGUACUCAGCCCCGCCACCAACACACAGUCCAAGCGUCCCUGAUCUCUGYUAUCCUGUAAGAUCAGGCGAAAUCAUGCAAAAUACCCACAUCUAUGGAGGAACGAUGGAYUCGCCACCGACUACAAGCUCYUACUCAGCAUCGCCAAAUAUCCACAUCCAACAAUCACAAGAACACAACUCGACGUAUCCAUCGCUCUUUACGCAGCGACACAUGUAGGGACUUUAGUUAAAUAUUUAUCUAGUAUUAUUAUUUUUGUGUAGUGUUCUUCAAGUAGGAUUCUAAUUCGUUGAUCAACACAUUAUUUGUUUGGCAUUUGUUUUAGUUGUUACAUUGAAGUGCGUUUGUUGAUAGCUUGCUCGUCUGUGUUUGCCCUCGAGUUAUAUGUAUUACGAAGUGAUUUCUAUGAACUUUGAUGUAUCAACGGUCAGAGUCUCGUUAAUUUAUGUUAUCUCGCUCUGAUAGGAUAUUAACUCUGYACCGAGUCUGAUAAAUGCCUUUUUUGACUUGUUUAUUCUUUGAUCGAAGUGAUUAUUUAUGAAUUACAUGAUAUUCUAGGAUCUUUGGCAAAAUAUUGCGAUCCGCGAAUCUGAAAGUGAACUUUUCACUUCUCGAAAAAUCUGCUCUUGAGUGAUAAGUCUCUAAAUUACAUAUAAAACUUUCUUAUUUAGUUUAUAGACAUUUAUCACAUCGCAUUUUACUCGCAUUCUUUACAAUUAUAUCGAUUUUAUAACAUAUCGGCCCUGYCAACAUUGCCACAACUGAGAAACUUUCUGUGUUCAAUUGAACACGCACGAUGCGGUCAUCKAGAUGUUUUUUAGUUAGAAACAUAAAUCAAGUUAGCAAAUUACAAAUGAAGAAUUGCUGUAAAACAAUUCUAAGUGCUCUAUAAUUAAUAUAAGAGUCAAUUACKGUUAUUUGAAUGUGGGCAACAGAGAGACUUUUACUAUUGAGUUGAGUUGACCCCGAGAGUGAACAGUUCGUAGCCAUGGAAAGCAACUCGCUAAUCGAAAAYAUGAAACUGAACCGCGAGCGUGAGUCAGUAUUAAGUUAAAACAAUWAACCAYAGUUGAUACGCGUAAAUCCAAAAGAACACUUGAGCUGUAGUUAACUUCUGUCUAGUUUCUAUUGAAUGGAAGCUCUGAUAUGUCUAUCUUUUCUAAAGGUUUUUAUUCCAAAUUCGCUAAGCCGUGGAAUUAGAAGGUUGCAGUACAAGAACUUUACAAUAGCUUCGUUGUGUUUGAAAUACAUAACAUUUGUCUGCAAUUCUUUAGCUAAUUGUAUCGAGUCUUCGUGUUCAAUGUUGGUUUAUUGUAUUARAGACUAAGGGAGUUUAGAUAACUUAGGGGGCAAAUACAGUUCUUUUUGCGGCCUUGUAGUUCAAUCAACUAGAACCGUUAGCUCGCUCGAACAAAGAUCAAGCACUUGAAUAUCAUAUAGUAAUCAAACAACGAACAAAUGAGUGUUGAAACGUUUUACUACUCGAUUAAUAUCUGCUGAAAGUUAUUUCUGUGAAUGGACAAGAAAGCAGUCAAAUUCAACUGUACACACCAAWCUUUAUAUAUCAACUAUUUAUACUCAAACCUUGGAACUGUAAAUGUAUGAAGAAUAUUUACUAUAGAUUGUACACAACAAUGUGAAUAUAUCAAUCUAAAUUAGCUUUUUAUAAUGUUUAUUUUUGAGCAAAUAUGAGUAUUUGACCAAGACUUGUGUGUGUGACUUGAUGUAUUAGCUAUAGUUCAAAGUUAGCCAUCUAUUUYACUUUUCCUCGAUAUUAUUUGCACUGAUAUGUUGUGCAGUGAUUUUUUUUUGCGUCGGCGAAGUUUCUACUUUAUGGAUGUGUAUAUAUUUAAAUCUAAAUUACAAUUAGACUACCAACAAUUAAACAUGAAGUAUAAUACUUUGGACUAAAUGCAAGCUGGUAUCUCAUCGACACUUUUAAAAAAAUUAACUCCGUUUGAAUAAAAGAAAUAUCCUG